UUAUUAAAAAACUCAAUAUAAAAGAUCAACAUGACUCAUACAUCAAGAUAUUUAGGUUACCAUGGCAGUAUGAAUCGUGAUUAUUUGACAGAUGAAGAAGAAAGUCAGCGAGCUCCUUCGGAUCGUACUAUGUCAGAGUACAUUGUGGCCAAUGAUCACACUACAAUGAUGAAACCAGUUAUACCGACAAGAAAAAAUCGUAAAGAGAAGUAUGAUCAAGGUGAAGAGAGAAGAUCGCAAAGUGCACAAAAUGGUCAUGGAUCUGUACUUUCUGGUCCAUCUCGAUAUCCAUUUAAUAAAAGUGCAUCACAUGGCAGUAUCUGUGACAAUGGUUCAGAUAUAUAUGUUACAAGUGCUGCUUAUAGAACAACUUCAGAAAUAAGCCGUGGAUCUCACCAUAGCCUUGCACCAAGCUCUAGAAUGGAUCAUCGAGCUUCUAGUCACUAUAGUUAUGGUUCUGGAAGAUCGGGAAUAUCAACAGUUAAGACGCAAACUUCAAGAAAAGAUGGUAUUAUUAUAGAAACUAUGUCGACACCUAAUCCUUUUUGCCCGAAUACAAAAGGAAUCUGUUGUCUUAUGUUACUUUUGAAUCUUGGUUUAAUCCUUGUAACUUUGGGUUUUGUUAUAGUGAUACAAUUCUUUCAACCAUUGAUUGUAUGGAUUUUAGGUAUAGUUUUUCUUGUUUUUGGAUUCUUAACAUUGAUAGGAAGCCUUGUAUAUUGUGUACAUGUAUUCAGAAAUGCUAACCAUCCACAUGAUAUAAAUCCAGAAGAUCUCUACUGGACACGUUAUUGGCAAAAACAAGUUGGAUCAGCACCUGAAGUCUUUUAUAAAGCUGAAGACAAAUAUCAAGAAGAUGGAUAUAGUGAUCACUAUAGUAAAUAUUCAGGUAAAUACUAUGAUAGACAUAGUCAGAAACAUUGAAUAUUUGAAAAACUAUUAAAUAACAAUAAUACAUAUAUAUGAUAAUACAAUAUAUAUAAUGCAUAUAUAUUGAAAGAAAAACCAAAUAAUUAUGUAUAAUUUCAUAAAUAACAAUUAAUCAA